AUGUCUGUGCACGACGUGGACCGUGAGAAGAGGAAGCAGAUCUCGGUGAGAGGCAUCGUCGACGUUGAAAACGUCGGAAAUUUUAAAAAAACAUUCAACAGACAUCUUCACUACACUCUGGUUAAAGACCGGAAUGUUGCGACCUCAAGGGAUUAUUUUUUUGCUCUGGCGCACAGCGUUAAGGACAAUCUUGUCUCUAGGUGGAUUCGUACACAGCAAUAUUAUUAUGAAACAGAUCCAAAGCGGGUUUAUUACUUAUCGCUGGAGUAUUACAUGGGCCGAACUCUGCAAAACACCAUGAUUAAUUUAGGGAUCCAAGGAGCUUGUGAUGAAGCAAUGUAUCAAAUGGGUCUGGACAUUGAAGAGCUAGAAGAGCUGGAAGAAGACGCGGGUCUAGGAAAUGGCGGUCUGGGUCGUUUGGCAGCUUGUUUCCUGGACAGCAUGGCGACCCUAGGUCUAGCAGCUUACGGGUACGGACUCCGCUACGAGUACGGAAUAUUCGCCCAGAAAAUUCGCAACGGCGAGCAAGUAGAGGAACCUGACGACUGGUUGCGUUACGGAAAUCCUUGGGAGAAAGCUCGCCCGGAGUUCAUGCUACCAGUAAAUUUCUACGGCCACGUAAUCGACACCCCGGAGGGUGCCAAAUGGGUCAACACCCAGGUAGUCUUCGCCAUGCCCUACGACAACCCGAUCCCCGGGUACAAGAACAACGUCGUCAACACCCUGCGACUUUGGUCGGCUAAAUCGCCUAUUGAGUUCGACCUGAAGUUCUUCAACGACGGAGACUACAUCCAAGCUGUCUUUGACCGGAACUUGGCCGAGAAUAUCACCCGAGUCCUGUACCCCAACGACAACUUCUUCGAGGGAAAAGAACUGAGAUUGAAGCAGGAGUACUUCAUGGUCGCAGCAACUCUCCAGGAUAUAGUUCGAAGGUACAAGUCCAGUAAAUUUGGAUCUCGUGAUCAUCACCGGACCGAUUUCGAACACUUCCCUGACAAAGUCGCUAUUCAACUGAACGAUACGCAUCCUUCAUUGGCAAUUCCAGAGUUGAUGAGGAUUCUCGUUGAUGUUGAACGUCUUCCCUGGGACAAGGCUUGGGACAUUACCAAGCGCACUUGCGCGUACACCAAUCACACUGUUUUGCCAGAAGCGCUGGAAAGAUGGCCGGUUUCUUUACUUGAAAGUAUUCUGCCAAGACAUCUGCAGAUUAUUUACCACAUUAACUUCCUUCAUUUGCAAGAAGUGGGUGCCAAGUACCCCGGCGACCUGGACAGACUAAGAAGAAUGUCCUUGGUUGAAGAAGACGGAGAGAAAAGGAUAAACAUGGCGCAUCUUUCAAUUGUUGGCAGCCAUGCCAUCAACGGUGUCGCAAGAAUCCACUCAGAUAUAUUGAAGAGCGACCUCUUCCGCGAUUUCUAUGAAAUGCAUCCCGAGAAGUUCCAGAACAAGACCAAUGGAAUCACUCCCAGAAGAUGGUUGCUGCUGUGCAAUCCCAAUCUCUCAGAUUUGAUUGAGGAUAAAAUUGGCAGCGAUUGGACGGUACACUUGGACCAGUUGGCUCAGCUGAAGAAAUGGGCCAAGGAUGCCAACUUUCAGAGGAAUGUUAUGAAGGUUAAGCAGGAGAACAAGCUCAGACUUGCUGAAAUGUUGGAGAAAGAGUACGGGGUUAAAGUCAACCCUGCUUCGAUUUUUGAUAUCCAGGUCAAGCGGAUUCAUGAGUAUAAGAGACAGCUUCUUAAUUGUCUGCAUAUUAUUACGAUGUAUAAUCGUAUUAAGAAGAAUCCCUCGGCGCCGUUUGUUCCAAGAACGGUUAUGAUCGGUGGAAAAGCUGCUCCUGGGUAUAUGUUAGCGAAGAAAAUUAUUAAACUCAUUUGCAGCGUUGCUCAGGUCGUUAAUAAUGAUCCGAUUGUUGGGGAUAAGUUGAAGGUUAUCUUCUUGGAGAAUUAUAGAGUUACUUUGGCGGAGAAAAUUAUUCCAGCUGCUGAUUUGAGCGAACAGAUUUCUACGGCCGGUACUGAGGCUUCUGGAACUGGUAACAUGAAAUUUAUGUUAAACGGCGCAUUAACAAUAGGAACCCUAGACGGCGCUAACGUAGAAAUGGCUGAAGAAAUGGGCAACGAAAAUAUCUUCAUUUUCGGAAUGACUGUCGACGAGGUUGAAGAAUUGAAAAAACGCGGCUACAACGCAUGGGAAUACUACAACAAAUUACCAGAAGCGAAACAGUGUAUCGACCAAAUAUCCAACGGAUUCUUCAGUCCCAACAACCCAGACGAGUUCAAACAAAUAACCGAUGUCCUGAUGAAGUGGGACAGGUUCUUCCUGCUAGCUGACUACGAAGACUACAUCAAGGCUCAGGAAAAAGUAAACCAGGCUUACAAGGACCCGGUUAAAUGGGCCGAGAUGUCUAUCAACAAUAUCGCUUCUUCGGGGAAAUUCUCGUCAGAUCGUACUAUUGACGAGUACGCUCGAGAAAUUUGGGGCGUUCAACCCUCGUGGAAAGCACUGCCAGACCCACAUGAGCCACGAGACAUAUAA